UGGCAGGACAUUACAUUAGGUCACUCCUGUCAUCAUCGCGCCGUCAUGCCACUGAUAUGUGACGACAGUCUCAGAGAUGCGAGUGAAACGUGGUCGUACUAUAGUGAGCAAUAACGGGAUCCACCACGUCUAGCUGUGCUAGUGCUCUUUCCGACCUCAGUCACAGACGCAUCACUAAUCAUAAACUGGAAAUUCUCCUGCGAGUUCUGGCGCGCAGCUCUCAUGGCUACCAUUAACCCUCGGCGCCAAAAGCCGGUGCAUCUAAGUAGUGCCGCGACAUCGCGAUCGGAAGCAGAUCCUCCCCGCCGCCCAACCUCCUCCGAUCGCUCGUCCAGUUGCAGAAUCCUCCUCAGCUCCUCCUCGACUUUCGGUCCAUCGCCUUCCCCUCGUCGCCGUUGGUUUCCGCCGUCGGUCUACGCGCUCGGCGCGUUUCUUCUUCUGCUGCUGUCGGCGGCGGGACGCGUGUGCGUGGCGCAGGACGAGACCAGCGCGGAGCUGCGCUUCCUCGAAUGGCUGCACGAGUUGGGCGGCAGAGAGGUGCUUCCGCUGAGCGCCAAGCUGCGCAUCAGCCGCGCGCAGGGCGGGGAGCGCGGCAUGGCGGCGGCGGCGGACUUAGCGGCGGGGGAGGAGGUGGUGUCGCUGCCGUUUGCGGCGGCGAUAGUGGCGGAGGAGAGCGACCCGGAGCCGUUCAAAGAGAGCGGCACGCACAUGGUGCUCAUGGCCAAGCUGCUAAGGGAGGUGAAGCAGGGCAACGAGUCCUUCUGGGCGCCCUUCACCUCCAUCCUCCCCUCCUACAUCCCCCUGCCCUGGCUGCCACUGCCUCAACACCGCACCACCACCACCACCACCAGCAGUACGGAAGCAGUGGCGGCAGCAGCCGCGGCCGGGAUAUGGGAGCUGCAGCUGCCGAGUGCAGUGGUGCGGGUGGCGGCCCUGGAGGCGUACAUGCGGGACGCGUACGAGCGCAGCGACACCGCCGUCAUGGGCGGGGCCAGCUACGCCGAGUUCCUCUGGGCCUUCGCCAUGUACCUCACGCGCCACUUCUCCCUGCACCUGCCACCGAGCGACCCCCGUGGCACCAUCAGCAUGUUCCUGCCGUUGGGCGACAUGGGCAACCACCGGUUCAGGGACGAGUGGGACGACGGAGACGUGGACUGGGUGGAAGGGGUCUACGCCGACAAAGCCGUGCUCGUGGCCCUGCGCCCAGUGAGGAAGGGCCAGCCCGUGUUUGAGACGUACUGGAACGGGCCCAAUGAGGCCUUCUGUGUGUUCCAGGCGUUUCUGCCCGAGCCGAACCCGCACGACACGGUGACGCUGUUUCAGGGUAUGCGGCAUGGGGUGGCGUGGCUGCUGGGGUUUCUGCAGAGGGAGGGGCGGUUACCAGCUUCGGUUCUGGCUGGUUACGGUGGUGCUGGCAGUGCUGGUGGUGCUUCUGGUGGUUCUGGUUCGUCUGUGCCCAUUCCUCGUGUGUUUGAAGACGCCAUGCUGCGACUGGCAGUGGCAGCAGCAGCACAGGUGGAAGGCUCGUACGAGCAACACAACCACGGCACCACCGCCACCAGCACCAGCAGCAGCAGCAGCAGCAGCACUGAUAGCACAAGCGACUCCCACCCCUCCUCCUCCUCCUCCUCCUCCUCCUCCUCCUCCUCCUCCUCCACCCACCACGUGGCUCAGGACCCCCAGGACGAGAGUGAUGGCAGGAAAUGGGCGCCCACAGCGCCACUCCCCCCGCUCCCUCUCGGCUUCUCGCUCCCCCCCGACGGCCGUGACUCCACUGCUAUCUUUGAUGCUCCAGAGGCGGUCACAGUGGGGAGGAGGUGGCGGGGCAGCAGACGCGCGCUCGCGGCGUUUUCUGCUGUGAUCCGAGAGGUGAGAAGACUGGUGAAAGAGGGGGGUGGAAGCAGCAGCAGCAGCGGAUGGGGGUGUACGGCCGCAGAGGAAGCAUCCCUUGGCGCAGCAGCAGCAGCGCCGAUAUUCCUAGCGCAAGUAGCUCUAGUGGCCAGGUGCAGGGAGAUGCUCCAAGGCCUGCCUACCACACUGCAGGACGACCUAUCCCUGCUCGCUGGCGUCACUGGUAACAUUGCAGACGUCACAGGAGAGCUGGCGAGUGCAGCAGGUGGGGUUGAUGUGCGUGUUGGUGGUGGUGAGAGGGGGAAGCAGGGUGAUGGUUGCAAGGGAGGGGGUGGAGGGAGAGAAGGAGAGGGUGGGGUGUGUGAAUGGAUGGAGAAUGCUGAUGCUGGUGCCAGCACCCAAGAGCCCAGCAGUACGAGUGCCCGUGGCAGUACCAGUACCAGCAGUGCCAGCAGCAGCAGCAACAGCAGCAGCAGCAGCGGCAGCAGCAGGGGGGGUGGCCUGUCUGCUGCAGCAUAUGAGCUUGCCCUGCGGUUCAGAAUCGGCCAGAAGCGGCUGCUGUGGCACCUGGUGCACGAAUGGCAGGGCGAUUGAUUGCACUGUGUGGUGUGGUACGGUGGUGGUGCUUGAUUGGCAAAGGAGAAGCUUCAAAGAAUGAACAUGUGUGGGCACUGGCCUUGCCAUAGUGGAGUGUGUGCGAAAGACUACCUACCUAGCCCCCGAAAGCAUUGUUGUACUGGGAAUGAGGUAUCUUGUACCUACGAAUAUCUGACUCCGCCAAAAAACACAGGGCGCUAGGACGCGUUCUCACUUCCAGUGCAGUGUAUGCUACUGCUCUCUACCCUCUCACUUCCGAA